UUCGGCUGGGUGCUGGAGUCGGAGGAUGUUUAGGACCCAGGCUGUGCAGCUCCUCCCUUUCAGGUCUCUCCAGGGUUAUUGCUUGGUGGGAGGUAGGUUCAGGGCUCGAUGGUAUGAAUGAAAGAGAGAGAGAGGGAGAGGGGAAAGCUGGACUGAAAAGCUCGAACUGGAAUAGCUCGCCUGUCUCCAGGCAACAAGCCUGACGCAACCGCUGGAGGAGGGAAAAAAAAAGUCCCUUAAAUAAAAUAAAAGAAAGAAAGAAAUAAAGAAAAACCCCACCGAGAGAGAGAGGUUUCUAAGGCAAGGCAGAGAGGAGGAUGAGCCAGUCUCCUGGAGGCACUGGUGGCACCGCUCUGCAAACACCAAGUUGGAUGCAGAAGGCAGGAGGAGGCAGCCAAGAUGUCCGUGCGCCCUUCCCGCUGACUCGACCCCCGGUGUGCAUCCAGGGCUGGUGCAGUGUUUGAGCAGGAGCUGCCAUCACCACAGCUGCUCUCUGAGGGGCUGCAUUCCUCAAGCUGCCGGAGCUGAUCCAGCCUUGAGGGUUUUAACUCCUCCAUCCCUGGCAGGUUGUGGCACCCUCCUAUGCUAUUGGACUCCCGGGAAGAAUGUCUCUACCCAAAAUCCAAAUAGAAGAGGCUCCUGGCAACGCAGACAUUGGCUCUGGAGGUGCUGUUCCUCCUGAUGACCACCUGAGGAGCCUCAAGGCAUUGACAGAGAAGCUGAGGCUGGAAACCAGACGCCCAUCCUACUUGGAGUGGAAGGCGAAGCUGGAGGAGCAGGCAUGGAAGAGCCCCCAGCCAUCGGGAGAGGAGGAGGUGACUGAGGCCAAAAAGGCCAUGGAGGAGACUGUCCCCUUGAGGAAGGUCCAGCUGCAUCUCAGUGGGAGUCCCAACCAGGACAGGACAACUGUUACCUCAGGCAGAAUAGGAGGCUUUGAGAGCAUCGACGAGGCUUUGACGUGGCUCAGGAAGGAACUGGCAGAGAUGCGCCUGCAGGACCAGCAGCUGGCCAGGCAGCUCAUGCGCCUCCGCAGCGACAUCAACAAGCUGAAGAUAGAGCAGACCUGCCACCUGCACCAGCGCAUGCUCAACGAUGCCACCUUCGAGCUGGAGGAGAGGGACGAGCUCUCUGACCUCUUCUGUGACUUCCCCCUUGUGAACUCCUUCAGCCUUUCCACGCCACUCAAGCUCAUCGGAGUCACCAAGAUGAACAUCAACUCCCGCCGGUUCUCACUGUGCUAGACGGGGAAACAGGAGGGGAAGUUGGGGGGGGGAAGGAGAGAGGGGACUGUGCAGUGCCAGGGCUCCCUCUGCCUGAUGGCUGGGCAAAAGAAUACAAGGCCAAAGAGGAGCUAGGGGAACAGCAGCAAACAGGGAACUCACGGGUGGUGUUGGUGGCAGGGUAGAACAGCUGAGCUGGGCACUGAUAUGGCCCAAAGAUGCUCAUCAAGGAGAUGUGGAGGAAGCGUGAAGAGCAUCUGGAUCCAACAUGUGCACCCAAAGUGCAAAGGUCUUCCUCCUGUGCUUCCUCCUGCAAUAACCAAGAGCACCCAGCUCCAGUGUGGUAGGUGGUGCUCAAAAAUCAAAGGAGGGAGUCAUAGAUCAGUCACAAAUCAAAGCUAAAUCCCUUUUCUCUCCCCCUUUACCUCUGCCCAGGCUAGAGCCAUCUCUUCAGAAAACAGAUCACUCUUCUCCAUUGGUGCCUACUCAGGCAUCAGCCCUCAGCCCCUGCUGGCCCAAGCACAGCAGCCAUGGGGUUGUUUCAGGGGGAAGCUGAUUGCCAUUGGCAAGGAGCCCUCCCAGCAGGGAAAUGAUCAGUGAGGUACCAUGGGUUAAACAGGAUGCAGCCCCAAGAAGCAGCCAGAAGAUGCACUGUUUGACUUGCUCCAUUGAGUCUAGUGUACUCUAGCUUAAUUUUGCCUGUGGUAUAGAUUAGGGACAGAUCAUAGACACAUUUCUAUAGAGACUCCAACUGCUCCCAAGUCCUCUGUGUGCCCUAGGAGUUCCAUUCAGAGCAAUACACGGUCCUGAUGUCGGUGUCAGCAGUGACCACAAGACACUGCUUGGUUAACUCCACAAGCAGUAAGGCAAAGGAGGUAGCUGACCCCCCCAAGACACCUCAGAUCUAUCACCCCAGGCUGAUAUUCCCCCAACAGCAGCACCAGCAAAUCCUGGAGCCUCUGUAGCAACACAUCCAUCAGAGAGAGGAAUUUCAAGAGCAGAAGAGGAACUUCAGUGUAAUGAACAUGAAGUGUGACUCUCAAAGGGAGCAAGGCUGCUGUGAAGAGCUUUGGACUCGUGGCAAGCACACAGCAUGCCCUCCCUGCCUGGCAGGCUGUGAGAUGGAUGCUGUAUUUUCUUGCCUUUCAGUGCACACAGCUGCACAUCUGCCUGUACAUGGCACAGAGGGCAGAGAGGCACCUGUGGUGUAGCCCAACAAGGGUAAGGACUCAAGAGGUCUACCCAUGGCAAUCGUUGGACACCUGACACCCAAAGCUAGACUCUCCCUUCUGUGCCAGCACCCCUCCUGACUGUGUCAGAGUGGUCCUGUCUCCCAGCUCAUCCCCCCAGCCCAGCUCUGCUCUCUGCCACGUGUCUGAGCAGAGAGCCCUGUGGUUGAGUGAAUCUGACUUGGACCAGGCAGCACCAGCCCAAGCCCUGGGGAGGAGCAGGAGCUGAAAGUUGUGUGGCUCUGUCAACGUGCCUGUGCCUGACUGUGUCUGUGAGCUCUGUGUGUGUGUGUGUCUAAGCUGUUGUGUGUGUACUUGUGAGCCUGCAGGAUACCUCUCUGGGGAGGUUGAGUGUUGGACUCAUGCCUGUGUUGCCAAAUGUGAUGUGAACCAUGAGCUGAUGGCACUCUGCCAUGCCUGAGAAGAUGCAGUGAGGCUUCAAGACUUGGGGUUUCCAGAGAGAGGUUAAAUCAAUGCAGAGAAGACAAAUCAUUCAUCUGCCUCCACAGGUCUCCAUGGGAGGAACAAAUUAACACCACAAAGGACUUCAUAAGCC